GCAUAGGAAAAAGCCUAUUCCUUUCAAAACUCUUGGUCAAUUAUCAUCGUCCACAUUCUACACUCAACGUACUCUUUGUUCAGCUUCAAUGGAAGAGUAUUACUACAAGAGGCAUCAUGUGCCAGCAUUUGGAAGCUGGGAUUGGAAUGAUAAUCUUCCAUUCACGCAGUGCUUUGAAUCUGCAAGACAAGCUGGUAUUUUACGCUAUAGUAGUUACUCUGAGUCUGAAGAUAGAGACCUUUAUGUUACUGGGGACUUGUAUGAGAAUGAUGUUGUCACACCCGCCAUGAUCGUUGUUCCUCGCAGAAGGGAAAAGGUACGUAGCCAGCAGGAAAAAGAAGCAAAAAAGCAGAAUUGGGUCAGCAAUGUGAAGGAGCUAGCUAGCCCAACUCCAAUGCCAAGACCAACACCAAAGCCUGUGGAUGAGGACUUGUACAAAAUCUCACCAGAGCUUCUUUAUGCCAAAACUAGGAAGAAGAGAGGGUUGUGUUUCUUUUCAAGCUGCUUGCUACCAACUUGCAUUGCCUGAGAUACACGGAAAUUUGAGGAGCCAAUGUACAUAUAAUUGCAAUAGAGAAUAGAUACUUAAUUGGAUGAUAUUUAUUUAAAAGCAGUAUAUUUUAGGACCAUGAUGAUUUUCGUUGUGGGAAGAAGGUCUUGGUUGUUUAUUCUUUCACUUUAUCGUUUAGUUUUUGUUGGGGUGCUUAAAAUUUUUAGUCUUUUAUGUACU